ACAAUAUAUAGUUAUUGUCAACCAAGAUGGCGGCGUCUGGAACAAGCUUUAUACAACAAAAUCUUGAUCAUCCUGAGAUUUUAGAUCGGGAAAACUUAAUAGAAAUCCUUUGUGACCGAAGUAUCCCUCUAGAUGAAAUCAAAGAUUUGGAUAAGCAAGAAUUAGUGAAUUUGUUUUAUAAAUUUGUUGCUCCUUUGCCUCAAAGGUUACACCAACUCAGACGAGGUAAACGAGAACCACCAAAAACCACUGAAAGAACGCUUGCUAAAAAGACGGCAAAUUCAAUCAAAGGAAGAAAACGACUUUCAGAUGUACAAAAUUCAGUGGUGAAUGUCAAAAUACCCAAAUCAGACCUUGAGCAUGUUCUCAUCAACAAUGGCCCUUCAAAGUUAAAGCCAAAAACCCAGGAAGCAGACUUGUCACCAAAUACUAACCUUAAAAGACCUAGAGUGAAUCAAGAAGAUAAAGCAAAGCCUGUGAAACUUAACAGAAAGUUUGUUAAUUUAAAACUAAGUUCGCCAUCAGGAAAUUCCAGCUCUAAAUCAGUAAAUGGCAAAAAUGAAAAAACAGGAGCUAAGGAAAAAGACAGGAAUCAUGAACCAGAGACUACCUCAGACUCCACUAGCUCUCACUCAACUGACGAAGAACUCAAGCAAAUAAGRAAGAAGUUCAAGGAAAUAUCUUGGCCAUAGAACAAAGGUUUCUACUCCUCAACAAUAUCCAAUUGAAAUAUCUAUAGGAAAUUUUAAGAAUUUUCUUGCCUUUGUUAAUGUAUUUUUUAUCAACCAAUUUACUACAAAAUAAUUGUCAUAUUAUUAUAUAUAAUGUCUUUUAUCAAAUUUUUCUGUGAUGCUGAACUGUUAGAUUCUGUGAUAUUGGGAAUCGGGAAGCAGUGCACUCGCCUCUCACCUUUGGGGUCUCGGGUUUCGCUCUCCAAAUCAGGCCGUUUCAUAAAUUGGAGGAUUGUUACCACUCAAGAGACGUUUUAUCACUCAUAUUUAUAAGCUUAAGACAUUUAGUAAAUAGUUUUAUAGUUUCAAAAAGAUUGAAAUUAAAGAAAAGUACAAAAAUAAUUUGAGAAUCGGAGCAGGAAAAUUAAACUGCUGUGCGUAUUGCAUGCCGGGAAAGAACAGCUUCCCGCUCUGGUUCAAAAUAAAUCAUAUGACAGCCUAUUUACGAGGAAUGACAAAUAAUAAUUUUCCAAAAAAUGACUACAAGAUUACAUACCGCAAAAGAGAGACAAAGUCCAUGGAUAGUUUGUGCGCGCGCGCCUUUUUUUGUAAGAGCUCGGUCUAGCGCGAGCAUGGAAAUUAAAAACUUGAAUUUCAAA